AAGAGGUUCUCCUGUACUGAGUGCGGGAAGGGGUUCUCGUGUAAACCACAUAUUAAUGUGCAUGAAAGAACUCACACGGGGGAGAAGACAUAUUCUUGUACUGUGUGCAGGAAAUGCUUUUCAGAGAAGUCCAGUCCAUCUUCUGCCCAUCAGAGAUUGCAUACGGGGAAAAAGACGUUUUCCUGUCCUGAGUGUGGGAAAUGUUUUUCACUGAAGUCCUAUCUUUCCAAACAUCAGAGAUCUCACACGGGGGAGAAGCCAUAUUCUUGUACGGAGUGUGGGAAGGAUUUCCUGCGUAAAUCAGAUCUUAUUGUGCAUAAAAGAUCUCACACGGGAGAGAAGCCAUAUUCCUGUCCUGAGUGUGGAAAAUGUUUUUCACAUAUGUCCAGUCUGUACGGACAUCAGAGAUCUCACACGGGGGAGAAGCCGUAUUCCUGUCCUGAGUGCGGGAAAUGUUUUUUUCACAGAUGUCCCAUCUUUUCAGUCAUCAGAGAUGUCACACGGGGGAGAAGCCGUAUUCUUGUUCUGAGUGCGGGAAAUGUUUUUCAGAUAAGUCCAGUCUUCAUAGACAUCAGAGAUCUCACACAGGGGAGAAGCCUUAUUCCUGUCCUGAGUGUGGGAAAUGUUUUGUACGAAAAUCAAAACUUGACACACAUCAGAGAACUCACACGGGGGAGAAGCCUUAUUCCUGUCUUGAGUGUGGGAAAUGUUUUGUACGAAAAUCAAAACUUGACACACAUCAGAGAACUCACACGGGGAGAAAGUCUUAUUCCUGUCCUGAGUGUGGAAAAUGUUUUGUAG